GCUAGCCAGUAGUGAACGCCGCGUCUACAUCACAAGCCAACGUCAUGUGGCACAAAAUUGUUGUUUUAUUUAUAUUUUCUAUGAUAACCGCUUUUUCUAAUGGCAACAUUCUAGCUCCAAAAUUAAAACUAAACGAUGGAAGAGAAAUUCCCGCCCUAGCCUUGGGCACAUGGCUGGGAAAUAAUACCAAGCCGUCAUCAAACGAAGUGGAGGUGGCAGUGCAAUGGGCAAUUGAGGCGGGUUACCGCCACAUCGACACCGCUUGGGCUUACAAAAUCGAGGACCAGGUCGGCAGGGGACUUGCCAACAAGUUCCCAGAUGUACCGAGGAACGAAAUAUUUGUUACUACCAAGCUAUGGAAUGAUCGUCACGCGCGGGAUGCAGUUGUCCCAGCUCUCCGAGAAUCUCUACAGAAACUGAACUUGGACUACGUCGACCUCUACCUCAUUCACUGGCCAGUCGGACAAUUCGCCAAUCUAACCUACGACCCGACAGAUUAUCUGGAAACUUGGCGCGGUAUGAUGGACGCCAAAGAGCUGGGGCUAGCCAAGUCCAUAGGCUUGUCUAACUUCAAUGAGCAAAUGAUUGAUAGAAUUUUAGAAAACGGAUUGGAGAUGCCGGCAGUGCUACAAGUCGAGCUUAACUUAAAUCUACAGCAACCGGAAUUACUCGAAUAUUGUAAACAGAAAAAUAUCGUAGUAAUGGGUUACACGCCUUUCGGCUCAUUAUUCUACAGCAAAGCAAAACCAAAUGCCCCUCCACCUCGUGUCGACGAUCCCGCUUUGAUGAAAAUCGCCGAAAAAUAUAACAAAACUGUGCCACAAAUCACACUAAGAUAUUUGAUCGAGUUGGGCGUUAUUCCUAUUCCGAAAUCAUUGACAAAAUCGAGAAUAGAACAGAACAUCGAUAUAUUCGACUUUAAGUUAACAAAAGAAGAAAAACUGGUAUUGAAAUCAUUUGACCGCGAAUACAGGACUAUUCCCCAACUAAAAUGGCUGGAUAAUCCGUUUUAUCCUUUUAAAAGACCACCUAUGUAAUAAACUCAUCGACGAAAUAAAGUUGU